AUGCCCCUACGAAAGGGAUUUUCGGGCUGGGAGUGUGGUGCUCAAGACCGGAAACCUCGUCAUAAGCCCCGGCCAGUGGUGGUUAAUUUCGAGACCCAAGAUAGCGAUGCUUCACUUGCUGCAACAGGCAAGAUAAUGAAGGCUGCCACAGGGAUUAUACAUGUGGGACCAGGUCACUCAGCAAAAGGUAAACGAUUACAGUGGCAACCCAGAGCCCCAUUCACGGCGUCUACAUCUGCGCUGGGUCCGUUACUGCGGGUAAGCUUCACCCUGUAUCAGCAGCCGGGAAAACCAAUAAUUCAGUGGGAACGACCGACUCAGAUUGGCACCGUCCAGGUGGACUCCACUAUACCCGACGUUCACAGUUCCAGUCUAGCUGCAGAGCAGCAAGAAACCCCACCAGUCGAGAACCCGGAGACUCAAGGCUUGAGGCACUCAAGAACACCAAAAGCAAACGUGGCAAAACAUUUAUUUGCAAUCGGAAAGGUUGUCCACGCACAAGCAAGCAAAACCAUCGCCACCUAA